AUGGCCUCCAACAGUCGCCGAACAGAUGUCUCCCAGGUGUCUGGGUUGAAAGAACUGGAGUCAUGCGUGUUUCCUGCGUUCGACGUCGGCGAGAACAAUCGCCCAAACUACCUUGCAAUCAAAAGCAAUCUCGCCAACACUGGACUACAAAGCCAUCCUGACGUCAAUGCUGCUCUUUGCACCGCCUGGGGCGUCUUGAUCAGUUGUUUUACAGGCCUCGACACGGUCUGCUUUGGAUACAACAAUCAAAUAUCUGAAAACAAUGUCGAUCCAUCUGGCCUCCCCCUUUCGGAGAGACAAGUCCUACAGCUCCACGUGGGCGGCGAUCAACAGGUGCAUAGGGUCUUUUCUGAGUGUAACCCAACGACAGUAUCGUCGACAAGCAUCACCGACAAGCUCAACACUGCGCUUGUGCUUCGACGUUUCAAGUUGGAAUCUCACGCAACCAGGCACGACGACGACACAGACUCGGCUCUUGACCCCAAUCCCUUCCCUGAAUUCAAGAUCAUCAUCACCGUGGACCCCCUGAAACUCACGACGGAGCUCUCCUGGGUUGGAUCUUUCAUGACCAUUGAUCAGGCGCGCAAUAUCAACAGCACUUUUGAGAAGUUGUUCUCUGAGCUGAGUGCCGCGUCAGGCGAUGACACUCUCUCGCGUCUCGACUGCUUCAGUCAGCCUAACCUGCAACAAGUUCUAGCAUGGAACAGCAGCCCAUUGAGUAACGUCCAGAAGUGCAUUCAUCAUGUCAUCUCCGAACAAGCGAUCUCGAGGCCUGAUGCCGAGGCCAUAUGUGCUUGGGACGGCACCUUGUCCUACCGCGAACUAUCAACUCUAUCGGAUCGUCUCGCAUUAUCACUGCAGGCUGCCGGUGUGGCGCUGGAGUCGUUCGUGCCGAUCUGCUUCGACAAGUCUAAAUGGACUGUCGUUGCCAUGCUCGCAGUGCUCAAGUCUGGAGGUAUCUUUGUGCCGCUUGACCCCACGCACCCUGUCCCCCGACUGCAGGCACUGGCACACAAAGUCGGGGGCCAAACACUGUUGUGUUCGAGACAUCAUCUGGAGAAGCUGGCGACAGUUGCUCCUACACUGAUACCAGUGGAUGACCAGCUUUUCUCUGAAUUGGGAGACCAUGUUUCGGGAGAGCACAAUGACAGCACCGUGUCCUACACGAACGGCGCGUACAUGAUUUUCACGAGCGGAACCACUGGCGAGCCCAAGGGAGCUCUGAUCCAGCAUGGCGCCCUCUUGUCCAGUGCCAUGGCACACGGGCCUGCCAUGAUGAUGGACCACAACACACGAUCAUUGCAGUUCGCGGCUUCUACUUUCGAUGUGAGCAUCACCGAGAUCCUUUCAUGCCUCAUACUUGGCGGAUGCGUUUGCAUCCCAAGUGAAGAGGCGCGCUUGAACGCCAUUGAAGAGGCAAUUACCCAACUCCAAGCGAAUUGGGCACUUCUUACCCCGACCUUUGUUAAAUUCAUCAACCCUGACAAUGUGCCAUCACUGAAGACGCUGGUCACGGGAGGUGAGGCAAUGACGCAGGCCAUCAUCCGCUCAUGGUCACACAUCAACCUUAUCAACUGCUAUGGCCCUGCUGAGACGUCCGUUGUAUCACACGUCCACCGGGGCAUGCGUGAAGGCAAGAACCCCCUGAACAUUGGCCAUCAGGUGGGAAUUCAUUGCUGGAUCGUGGACAGAUAUAAUCACAACCGAUUGAUGCCUGUGGGUGCUGUCGGUGAGUUGGUUAUAGAAAGUCAUACGCUGGCACGGGAAUACUACAAGGAGCCCGAGAAGACUGCGGAUGCCUUUAUCUUGGAUCCAGAAUGGGCCAAAGGUCUGCCUGCGGUGCCCAAGCCGCGUCGGAUGUACAAGACGGGUGACCUUGUGAAGUACAACCAUGAUGGGACAUUCCAUAUUGCUGGUCGCAAGGACACCCAGAUCAAGUUCCAUGGUCAGCGCAUUGAACUGGGCGAGAUUGAGCAUCACCUCAACGUGAGCCCCAGCAUCAAGCAUGGCAUGAUCGUGUUGCCUCAAGAGGGAUUUUGCAAAGACAGGCUCCUGGCAAUAGUGCAGCUGAGUGACGCACUGAACCAGGACCUUGUACCCAAAGGUCGCCCAUAUCAGCUCAUCGAAGGCGAGAUUGAGGAGUCUGCCAGGGACAAGGUUGACGAGGCAAAGCAACUCCUCAUCGAACGACUACCGCCUUACAUGAUCCCCUCCAUGUGGCUCCCAGUUGAGUUUAUUCCCCGUCUGCAAUCAGGUAAGCUCGACCGCAAGCAGACUGCGCAAUGGGUCAACAACAUGAGCGAAGCGCUCUACCGCCAGCUGAAUCCGGAUGUUACCACACGUGGCGCCCUGGACGACAUGACCUUUGCGAGCGACUCUGAAAAGGAGCUCCAUAGAAUAUGGAGUCAUGUUUUGAACCUUAAAGCAGAGCAACUCGGCCUAAAGCAAUCCUUCCUCAGUGUCGGAGGCGAUUCCAUCUCCGCCAUGCAGGUCAUGAGCGAGUGCAGAAAGGUCGGCAUCAGCCUCACCGUGCGCCAUAUCAUCGCGUCCAAGUCAAUAGCCGAACUGGCUUCGCAUAUCAAGGAUAUUGAGACACCAAUGCUUCAUAGGGAGGUGCUCGAGCAAGCCUUUGACCUAUCUCCCAUCCAGAAACUAUAUUUCUCACGGCCUAACUUCGACCAAGGCCAUUAUAACCAGAGUUUCCUACUUCGCACCAGUCGACGCAUCCUGACGUCUGAGCUGCGCGCAGCCAUCGAAAUCGUCAUUCAAAGACAUUCCAUGCUGCGCGCACGAUUCAAUAGAGACGGCGCAGGCAGCUGGCAACAGCGUAUCACCAACGACGUAGCGUCAUCCUACCGUCUGCGGACAUUCACACUUGCAUCACGGGAUGAUGUUGACGCUUCGCUGGUCGAAAGUCAAACAUGUCUUGAUGCAGAAAAUGGGCCAUUGUUUGCUGCAGACCUGAUGGACGUCAACGGCGACGACGAGUUGCUUUUCGUCGUGGCACACCACCUUGUCAUUGAUCUCGUCUCAUGGAGGGUCAUUCUUCAGGAACUGGAAGAGAUCCUUACCCAUCCUGGAUCAGUCUCGACUACUGAGAGACCCUUGCAUUUCCAAGUCUGGUGCAAGUUACAGUCAGACCAUGCAUCUUCGUUAACACCUGCGCAGGUACUCCCCGUGCAGGGGAUACCUGAUGGGAAUGCUGAGUAUUGGGGCAUGGUAGAUGAGCCCAAUGUGUACGGACAAAUGACCCGAGAGGCAUUUGAGAUUGACCAGUCCUUGACCUCACUACUCUUGUCAAAGUGCCACGAGGCUCUUGGAACAGAGGUACCCGAUGUCCUACUGGCAGCCAUGAUCUUUUCAUUCGGACAGACAUUCACGGACCGGCCCGUGCCGGCCAUCUUUACGGAAGGCCACGGAAGAGAAGUGUGGGAUUCGUCCAUUGACUUGUCUGAUGUAGUCGGGUGGUUCACCACAAUUUAUCCCGUCUUUGCCGGCUCGAGCCCUCACACAAGCCUUGUAGACGCAGCAAAGGCAGUCAAAGAUGGACGCCGCAAAGUGCCAUCAAGCGGAAGGCCCUACUUCGCGAGCCGAUGGCUCACCAAAGACGGCUGCGAUGUCUUCUCACGGCACUGGCCGUUGGAGAUCACCUUCAAUUACUUGGGACAGUACCAGCAGCUGGAACGCGAAGGCGCCCUCUUCACGCCUGCGAAAGACAUUGCUGGAGAGGUGCGAGGUGCGACUGAGGGUGCUGAUGUAGGGCCUCAAACAUCAUGCAUCUCCCUCUUUGAGGUAUCGGCUGUUAUCCUCAAGGGAUGCCUACGAUUCUCAUUUGUCUUCAACCAGAACAUGAAGCACCAGGACAGCAUCAGACGCUGGAUCUCAACUUGUCAGCACAAACUCAGUGACAUGAUCCAAGAACUAAGCGAAAGGCCGCGGGAAGCCACACUGAGUGACUUUCCGUUACUCGACCUGACAUACAACCGCCUGGAUGUCUUGGUACAUGAGAAACUCCACGUAGCAGGCAUCACAGCAUUGGACGAGGUGGAAGAUGCCUACCCGUGCUCCCCAAUGCAGUCGGGUCUCCUGGUUAGCACUGCGAGAAAUGGCGCCUUUUACGCUGCUUACACCCUGCACGAAGUGAAGAACAGGGACAAUUCGCCAGUGGAUGUCCACAAACUCGCGGCUGCUUGGUCUCAUCUGGUGCAGUACCACCCCAUUUUGCGAACGGUGUUCAUUGAGAGUGUCAGCCAGCAAGACUCUUUGUACGAUCAGGUUGUUCUCAGGCAGACUAAAGCAGCGGCCUUACAGUCAAAAGCCGAUUCGGAAAAGGAGGCCAAAGUCUUGUUGGGCUCCCCUCCUCAGCACCAAAGCGACACUGACCGACCUUUGCAUCGCUUUGAGAUCUGCCAGACAAGGGACGGCAGGGUCUUUUGCAGGUUGGAUAUCAGCCACAUCAUCAUGGACGGGACAUCCAUGUCUAUCAUCUUCCGAGACCUUUCCAAAGCGUACGAUGGAAAGCUCCGAGCUAGGGAACCGCCUCUCUACCGAAAUUACAUCGCGUACUUGGCGACUCAACCAAAGGAGGCCGGUUUAGCUUACUGGGCCAACUACCUGUCGGGCAUUGAGCCCUGCCACUUCCCGGUGCUCGACGAUGCCAUCAUCGCACCGUCGAAGGAGCUGAGAUAUGUGAGAGUGAAGUUUGACAAACCAACGGAGCUCCAGGAACUAUGCGACAAAAUGGGUGUCACCAUUGUCAACGCCAUCUACGCCGCGUGGGCACUGACACUUCGCCUGUACACUGCUUCGGAAGAAGUGUGCUUUGGCUACCUCACAUCAUCCCGAGACCUACCGAUCGAUGGAAUCCGCGACGUUGUUGGGCCCGUCAUUAACAUGGUCGCCUGCCGCUUGAACAUACACGCCGCUUCAAAUCUCGCGGAGGUCAUGACCACCGUACAGAGGGACUAUCUAGAUAGUCUUGCAUUCCGUCACAUCUCUCUCUCCGAGGUGCAGCAUGCGUUGAAGCUCUCCAACACGCCCCUGUUCAACACAGCCUUGUCUUACCGCAAGCUCCCCCGUGCCGACGAGAAUCCAGCAAAUAUUACGUUUCAAGAAUGUCGACCAACAUACGACCCAGAUGAGUAUAAUGUUUCCAUUAACAUCGAAGCCGACGAGAAGGAAAUGGCUGUCGAUCUCAUGUACUGGACAGACACACUUUCAGAUGGUCAAGCACAGAAUGUAGCGAGUACUUUCACCCAGGUGCUCACCAACAUUCUGCGGAACUGCACAACACCACUGAGCCAGCUCGACCACCUCGGUCAUUGGCAUCGUGAACAACUUGGUGUCUGGAACCAGUCAAUGCCUGCACCCAUUGAGCGCAGUCUUCACGAGAUUGUACAUCAACAAACCCUGCGUCGUCCAAAUGCUCCAGCUGUCGCUUCUUGGGAUCUGGACCUCACGUACGCAGAGCUUGAUGAUGUCUCCACCAGAUUGGCCCUACAUAUCGCAUCUCUAGGGGUGCAGCCAGAGACCUUCGUUCUCCUCUGUUUCGACAAGUCGGCACUCGCUAUUGUCGCCAUGAUGGCGGUGUUGAAAGCCGGUGGAGUUUGUGUUCCCCUGGAUCCGGCCCACCCAGAUGCUGCGAUCCAGCUUCGUGCCGAGGACACGAGAGCACCGUUGGCUUUGGUGUCUCCUUCCCAGGCGCAAAGGUUCAAGAGCCUCGUGGGACAAACCGUGGCUCUUGAGAACGACUUGCUUCAAUGUCUCAGCAAAUCCGAAGACGUGGCGCUGCCUCAUGUCGAACCCUCCAAUGCCUGCUUCGUCAUAUAUACUUCGGGCAGCACAGGCCGACCAAAAGGCGUGAUCCUGGAGCAUCGCGGCAUAGCCACCAAUGCUGCAUACAGCGGGCCAUUGCUUGGCUACGAGGAGGACUCGCGCGUCUUGCAGUUCGCUUCAUAUACCUUUGACAACAGCCUCGCAGAGAUAUUCACCACCUUGACUCGAGGAGGCUGCGUUUGUGUGCCUUCAGAUCAUGAGCGACUCAAUGACCUGACCGGGGUUAUCAACAGGUUACAGGUCACAUUUGCUGACAUCACCCCCACAGUAGCUUGCUUCCUUCAACCCAGCGAAGUGCCCACGCUGCAAACUUUGGCGCUGGGGGGAGAAGCUGUCACUGCAAAGUGUGUCGAAAUUUGGAGGGACUUUGUGAGACUGACGUGUUGCUAUGGCCCAUCAGAGUGCUCAGUCAACUCAACGUACUCUGGUGACAUCGCAACGCCGGGCAAAGCCACCAACAUUGGUCGUGCAGUAGGAUGCGUUGUCUGGGUUGUUGAUGCGGACGACCACAACUGCCUGCUACCUGCCGGUUGCACAGGAGAACUCUUGAUUGAUGGCCCGAUUGUGUCCCGUGGAUAUCUGAAUCUCCCCGAGAAGACAGAGCAGAACUUCAUCAGCCCUCCGUCAUGGUCACAGGGAGUUUUCAACUGUACCGACACCAACAGGCGCCUAUACAAGACGGGUGACCUGGUGCGCUAUGAUUCAGAUGGCACGCUCAUGUAUCUUGGGCGCAAAGACAACCAAGUGAAACUCAACGGACAGCGCAUUGAACUCGGCGAGAUUGAAGCCAACAUUGAGCAGCUACUCCCGGCGGGAACCCAGACAGCAGUGGAACUCGUUGUUCUAGAAGGCAAAAAGUCUCUGGCGUGCUUUCUUUGUGCCGAAGCAGAUGGACACGUGCCCAGUUGUGAAGACGAGAGCAACAUUCUGUCUGUCAACGAGAGGUUCAGAGCACAAGCCAAGGACCUGGAGAUCAAACUGUCACAGAAACUCCCGAGCUACAUGGUGCCUUCAAUGUGGCUCCCCGUGUCACAAAUGCCUCUCACAGCAUCUGGCAAAUUGAACCGCCGCGGCCUGCGUUCGCAAGCCUCGGAGGUGUCUGCGACACUGAUAAGCUCAUACAAACUGGCUACAAGGAGCGGCCGUGCCCCCGCCAGCGAGUUUGAAAUCAAGUUGGCUGAGCUCUGGGCCAAGGUCUUGGCAAUCGAAGCUUCAUCCAUAGGAGUGGAGGACAAUUUCUUCAAGCUUGGAGGAGACUCGCUUGGCGCUAUGCGCCUGGUGACCCUUGCUAGGAAGCAUGAUAUCAGUCUGACAGUCGGAAGCAUCUUCCAGAAAGCCACCUUGUUCCAGAUGGCGGAGACAGCCCGGCGAGUGUCUAUGUCUCCAGCGUCCGUUAUUCAUCCGUUCAGUCUCGCGCCAAGGGGCACGUCGGUCGACGCGCUCAAACAGGAUCUGUCGGCGAUAGCGAUGAUCCAGCCGGAACAGAUCACAGACGUCUAUCCAUGUACACCAAUCCAGGAAGGCUUGAUGGCUCUCUCAAACAGGGAGCCCGGUGCUUACGUUGCCCAGCUUGUCUACCGUUUGCCAGAAAACCUGGACGCUGAUAGAUUCAUGAGAGCUUGGAAUGCUACUGCAAAGGCUGAGCCAUCGUUACGAACACGCAUAGUCCAUACAGAGGCGAAUGGAUUUCUCCAAGUUGUUGUCGACGAGGCAAUCCACUGGCAGUCCAUCGCUAGCCUUGCUUGCCUAGGAGAGUCCGACCGCCGGUUGCCUCAACACAACGGCGCUGCGCUGGCUAGCUACGCCUUGGUCGGCUCGGACCCACGCACCCCCUAUUUUGUCUGGACUAUUCAUCACGCUUUGUAUGAUGGCUGGUGCUUACCCAUCAUUCUCGACAAGGUUCGCAGAUGUUACGAAGCCCCAGCAACUCUCACUCAGCUGAGCGGGCCUUCAUACACCAGAUUCAUUCAGUAUGUCACUGGACUCAACCAAAAAGAGACUGAUCAGUUUUGGAAAUCUCAGCUAUCGGACAUCUCAACCCAGCAUUUCCCAAGAUUGCCAAGUCCGGAUUAUCAACCGAGCGCAAGUAGCCUCAUUGUCCACACCACUCCACUAGGGAAACAAGGUGGAUCUGAAUUCACUAUCCCAACGAGGAUCCGCGCGGCUUGGGCGAUGACCAUCGCGGCGUAUUCAGGGGCAGGCGAUGUCGUGUUCUGGGAAACCAUGACGGGCCGCGACGCACCCGUGGUUGGCAUUGAAGAUAUGAUUGGAGCGACUUUGACGACCGUGCCUACAAGAAUAAUGGUCGAUCUCUCGUUAACGGUGGAGGAGUUCCUCUCCAAAACACAAGGCAAGUCAGCUGCUACUAUGCCUCAUCAGUAUGCAGGGAUCCAGCGCAUCAAGCAUCUCAACGACGACGCAGCUAUAGCGUGCGAGGCACAGAAUUUGAUUGCCUUCAAUCACGGCAAACGUGGCUCGCAGGACUCAUUCUGGGACGAGAAAACGAACGAGAUGGCUGGUACCAACUUCUACACGUAUCCUCUCAUGCUCUCCUGCCACAUUGCGGAGACGGACCUCGAGACAGUGGUUCACUUUGAUGUCAACGUGAUUCCUGAAUGGCAGAUGCACCGCAUAAUGGAUCACUUUGGCUUCAUGCUGGAAUCCUUGAACUCCUCAGAGCUUUGCGAUGGGACUUUGGGCAAGAUUGGACUUUUGAGCGUCCACGAUAUGGAGACCCUUCGCGACUGGAAUCGCACACUGCCAGCCCGCAUCGAAGAUACGGUGCACGCCUUGAUCAAACGACAAGGAGAUAAACAUGGUCCAGAGAAGCUUGCAAUCUGCGCAUGGGAUGGCGAUCUUACCCACGGGGUUAUGCAGACACUUGCCGCCCGUCUAGCUUCACAGCUGCGUGAGCUUGGUGUGUCUCCGGGGACAAUAGUCCCGUUCUGCCUGGAAAAGUCAUUCCUAGUCCCCGUCUCCAUGCUGGCUGUUCUUCAAUGCGGUGCAGCGUUCGUCCCUCUGGACCCUUCUCACCCGGAUACUCGCAUCAAUGGCAUUUUGGAAGAUGUGGAUGCAGGGGUUAUUUUAUGUUCUCCAGCUCACAGGGAGAGGUUUGCUCGACUCGAUCGGCAGCCUCUGGUUGUGUCUCGAGAAUUUCUGGAGGGCCUCACUCGUGUUGAACAACAUGCGGAUGUGUCCGUCUCAGCUACGAGCACUGCCUAUAUCAUCUUCACAUCAGGCACAACAGGCAAACCCAAAGGUACUAUUGUGAGUCACGGGGCAUUUUGCACUGGUGCACUGGCUCAUGGGUCAGCCAUGGGUAUGGACGAGUCUUCGCGCGUCCUGCAAUUUGCGUCGCAUACUUUCGAUGCAAGUAUCAUGGAGAUUCUCACAACCUUAAUACACGGCGGAACCGUCUGUGUGCCGAGCGAGGACGAACGACUGAACGAUCUUACCGGAGCCAUCAAUCGUAUGGGGGUGAACUGGACGCUGUUGACACCUUCAGUCGCCCAACUCAUGAUGCCGUCGCAGGUACCCCAGCUCAAGACCUUGGUCCUUGGAGGAGAGGCAAUGACUGCCGCUCACAUCAACACCUGGGCCUCAGCCAAUGUGCGUCUGAUGAAUGCAUACGGCCCGAGCGAGACGGCUGUCGUAGCCACAGUGAACCCAGAAGUUACAUUGGCAUCGGGCCCGUCGAAUAUUGGCCACGCGGUGGGUGGCCUUUGUUGGGUUGUUGAUCCAGCAGACCACAACCUACUGGUUCCCAUAGGGGCUACCGGUGAGCUCGUGGUAGAAGGCCUAAUUGUGGCUGAAGGUUAUCUCAACAACACUCGCAAGACCGAAGAAGCCUUCAUCACGAAUCCCACCUGGUGCGACCAAUUCCCUGCCAACGACAGGAAGGCGGAUCGCAGGAUGUACAAGACCGGUGACUUGGUCAAGCUCGCGCAAGACGGCACAAUCGUUUUCCAAGGCCGCAAGGACAAUCAAGUCAAGAUCAACGGACAAAGGCUUGAACUCUCCGAAGUGGAACAUCAUCUCGGCACGGACGUUGCAGUUCAAUAUGGGCUGGCGAUACUCCCGGCUUCGGGGCGCUGCCAGAAGCGGCUCACUGCUGUCAUGACGCUCAAGUCGGUCGCAGACGCCAAGUCCAAUACCUCUAGCAACGAUAUUCGGCUCGCUGAGAAGGCCACGACAGCCUCAUUUCUCUCGGGAAUACGCGAACGGGUUGCUAGUCACCUCGCUGCUUACAUGGUUCCCUCGAGAUGGAUUGUUAUCGAUCAUUUCCCUCUCCAAUCCUCCGGCAAGCUUGACCGUCGUCGUGUCAUUGACUGGGUUGAAGCUCUGGACGACCAUGUCUAUCAAGGAAUCUUGGACAUUGAAGAGAAUGCGGCCGGUCUUGACAGAGAGCCCACAGACCUCGAGAACAAGCUCAGGGCUGCCUGGGCCAGAGUUCUUAAUCUCGAUGUUCUCAAGGUCCCCUUCAACCAGUCUUUCCUCCAUUUGGGCGGCGACUCUAUCUCCUCAAUGCAGCUAAUGAGUGUUUGCGGGGCAUCCAAUAUUGCGCUCACAGUCGCGAAUAUCAUGCAAAGCAAUUCCGUUGUUGAUCUUGCCACGCGUGCAACAACUGUCCAGGAAGUCGUGUUUGAGUUCGAAAAGGAAGAGGAAGACUUCGCGUUGUCGCCUAUUCAGAAGGUUUAUUUUGAUUGCAUGGGUGUUGAGUCUACACACUUCAACCAGAGCAUCAUUGUCACCACCUCUCAACCGGUCUCUGCGGAUCAAUUGUCAGCUGCAUUAGAGACACUGGUUCAGAACCACAGCAUGCUCCGAGCCCGGUUUUCAAUGAAAGACGGUGUCUGGUCACAAAGAAUUACGCCCGAGGUAAGCGGAUCAUUCAAGGUUUCCUCACACGCGCUUGUUCUUACGGAGCAUCUUCAUGGACUCACGGAGCAAAGUCAAAAGUCACUGGACAUUCAAGCAGGACCUCUUGUUGCUGCCGGUCUAUUUGAAAUGGCAGACUCUGACGCCCGGCUUCUGUUCAUUGCUGCGCAUCACUUGGUUGUCGACGUUGUCUCAUGGCAAAUCAUACUCGACGACCUCGAACAAUUACUUUCAACUGAUCGACCUCAACUUGUCCGAUCACUGCCUUUCCAGACCUGGAACAACCUGCAGUUACAGGAAGCGCAGAGCAUGAGCCCGGAACAAGUCUUUCACAGUAUCCCGGUACCACCUCGCAACAUCUCUUACUGGGGCGUGGAAGGUGUCAGAAACUCCCACCAAGACGCAGUCAUUGAGAAAGUCGAGAUUGACACACAGCACUCUCUCCUCCUCCUUGGCGCAUGCCAUGAGGCCCUGAAGACCGAAGUCGUUGAUGUGAUGUUGGCUUCCCUGCUGCUUUCCUUUGCGCAGACGUUCAAAGACCGUCAACAUGCUCCCUCGAUCUACAAUGAAGGGCACGGCAGAGAACCGUGGAAUGACAAGCUUGAUGUAUCACGCACGGUCGGAUGGUUCACAACGCUCUGUCCUGUUUAUCUGCCAGAAUACCUGCCUGCAGAUGCUGACAUUGUGGACGUUGUGAAGUGGAUUAAAGACUUCCGCCGGAAGACGCCAGGCAAAGGGCAGCCUUUUUUCGCUCACAGCAUCUUGUCUGACAAAGAACAAGGUGCAUUUGCUCAGUGGCCCCUGGAAAUUGCUUUCAACUACCUGGGGCAAAUUCACCAGGGCCACCGAGCAGACUCCAUCUUCAAGACCUUGGAAGGGGGGAUGAUGGACGCCAUCAACUCUCAAACAGACAUUGGCGGCGAAGUGCCACGUCUGGCCUUGAUUGAGAUCACAGCAUCUGUUACUUCCGGCACCCUCUCAUUUGAGUUCUCCUUCAAUCGUCGAAUGCGCAGACAAGACAGAAUUCGCACCUGGAUCGCCAAUUUUGGAGAGACCUUACAGCAAGCCGCGGAGACUCUGUGCAGAGCAGAGCCUGAUCCGACAAUGUCAGACUUCCCUCUGCUUCCUUUGGCUUUCAAUGGGAUUGAACUCAUAAAGUCGAGGCUUUCGCAAGUGGGGGUUGCUUCGCUGGAAGACGUCGAGGAUGCCUACCCGUGUUCCCCAGUGCAAGAAGGCAUUCUAAUCACACAGCUCAAGAACCCAGAGCACUACGCCUAUUCCAUUACAUUCGAAGUCAAAAACACUUAUCCUGGCCAGUCUAUUGAUGUGCAGCGUCUCACGAACGCUUGGCAAAAGGUUGUCGAGCGGCAUUCGACGCUUCGAACCGUCUUCGUGGGCAGUCUCACCCAGGACGAAGGCAUGCAUCAAGUCGUAUUGAGACAUUGGCCCGCGAACGUCGCUUCAUAUCACUGUACCGACAUGGAAACAUUCCAACAAUUGAGGUCACAGCAUGCUCUUGGCCUGACCCAAAACCAGCCUCCGCAUCGACUGAGAAUAUGCCAGAUGCCAGGGGAAAAGGUCAUCUGCGUCUUGGAGAUGAGCCAUGCUAUUUGCGACGGGACUUCUAUGCCGAUCCUAUUCCGCGAUUUGGCCCUUGCCUACGACGAGAACCUGCCUCUGACUCGAUUGUCCGUCUACAGAGACUACAUCUCUUACUCGCAAGGUGUAUUGCGUGAAGAGGCUGCGGCUUACUGGAAGCAGUAUUUGGGGGGUAUAGAACCCUGCCAUUUCCCAACAAGCAAAGAGGCCCAGCCGCGAAGUCGGGCUCUCCGAUCUUACAAUCAAAAGCUAUCGUGCGCCAGCAAGCUGAGCGACUUCUGCAACGAGUCUGGCAUCACUCUGUCCAACAUCCUGCAACUCGCCUGGGCACUUGUUCUACAGGCCUACACUGGUCUUGACAAUGUUUGCUUCGGUUAUCUAGUAUCUGGAAGAGAAAUACCCGUUGAAAGAAUUGGCGAUUCAAUUGGCGUGUUUAUCAACAUGCUGGUGUUCAGGGUACAUCUCGAUCCAGCUGCUGCCCUUGGCGACAUCAUGCAAGCUGUUCAGAGAGAUCUUCUCCAGUCGAUGCAGCAUAAAGAGGCGUCCCUUGCCGACAUGCAGCACAGCAUCGCAAAUGGGCCUUUGUUCAACACUGCCUACUCAUUCCAGCGGAGAUCCGUUUCAAAAGACAUGGCCGCCGGGUCUCUCUCGUUCGAUGUUCGUGAUGCCGCAGACCCGAGCGAGUACGACAUCACUGUCAACGUCGAAGUAUGGGACUCGGACACCGAGCUUCAGCUUUGCUACUGGUCUGACAAAAUAUCGGAUAAUCAAAUCAGUAAUGUGGCUUCCACAUUUGACCAGAUUCUAACCUCUAUGGUUUCCUCGAGCCGAGAUACGAAGAUUGGCACGCUUGACAUCACCAGCGUCCAAUGCGUACAGCAAAUACAGACAUGGAAUCACAAAGAACCAGAGUACACAGACCGCUGCAUCCACCAUGUAUUCGAAGAGAAUGCUCAAACACAGCCCGAGAAUACACCAGCAGUCGACGCUUGGGACGCUACCUUCACCUACCAAGAAUUGGAUCGCAUCUCGACCCGUCUCGCGGCAUAUCUAGUGUCCCAAGGUGUCGUGCCGAGUACCUAUGUCCCUCUGUGCUUUGAGAAAUCGGCUUGGACUGUGGUAGCCAUGCUUGCUGUGCUCAAAGCCGGUGGCGCAUUUGUCCCCCUUGAUCCAGCUCACCCGGCUGAGCGCACGAGCUUUCUCGUGCGUAGUAUCGAGGGCCGUUUCGUUCUCUGCUCCGAGUCUUUGGCCCCAAAGCUCGAGCAUCUGGGCGUGCCUGUUCACCAUGUCAGCUCAGAAAGCAUCUCACAGCUGCCUGACCAUCUUUCGCGGUCGUCGGGCCAUGAACAGCGCGCAGGUCCCAUGGAUCCAGCCUAUAUCAUCUUCACAUCCGGUACCACGGGGCUCCCUAAAGGCACAAUUAUCGAGCAUGGGGCCUUUACAACUGGUGGUAUAGCUCAUGCAAAGGCGAUCCAGAUGACUUCUACCAGCAGGGUAUUGCAGUUCGCCUCCCACACGUUUGAUGCCAGCAUCAUGGAGAUCCUGACUACCCUAUUGGUGGGUGGUUGCAUAUGCAUUCCCAACGACCAAGAUCGCUUGAACGACCUGAGCGCUGUCAUCGAAAAAUUCAAGGUCAAUUGGACACUUUUGACUCCUUCCGUUGCCAAUGUUCUACGACCGGGCACCGUUCCGUCCCUCAAAACUCUCGUCACAGGUGGUGAGGCGAUGUCGCAAGAUCACAUUACCAAAUGGGGCAGCACUGCCACGUUGGUGAAUGCUUAUGGUCCGAGUGAAACUUCAGUGAUUGCAACAACAAGCACCAAGGUCGAUGAGAAUGGGAACGUCCUCAAUUUGGACCCGGCAACGAUCGGGUAUGCUGUUGGCAGCCGCUGUUGGGUAGUGGACGCGCGCAACUAUCACCGUCUCAUGCCGCUUGGCAGCAUUGGAGAGCUCAUUGUCGAAGGCUCAAUCGUUGCCAAAGGGUAUUUGAAUAACGAAACCAAGUCGCGAGACGCAUUCAUAGACCACCCGACAUGGAGGAAGAAUCUUCAGCUUUCUGGGCAUCGACACGACCGCAUGUACAGGACCGGAGACCUUGUUGCCUACAAUUGUGACGGUUCAUUCCGAUACAUCGCCCGCAAAGACACUCAGAUCAAGCUCAACGGGCAACGUAUCGAGUUGGGUGAAAUUGAGCAUCACGUCAAGGUCAAUUUACCUGCCAGCUCACAGUCCACUGUGGAACUGGUCGUUCCUCAGAGCACAAUAUCUACAAAGGCUCUUGCGGUCUUUUUCACUCAUGACGGUGAAGCAGACAGCAGGGACUUAUUGUUGCCAAUGUCACCUUCACUAAUACCGAUCUGUCAGUCGUUGAAAGCAGCCCUUGCGAAGGCUCUGCCUUCGUACAUGGUGCCGACAAUCUACAUCCCUGUCACAAAGAUGCCAUGGACCUCAGCAGGCAAGCUCGAUCGACAAAGUCUCAAGUCUCUAGUGGGAUCUAUCCCAACUCAAGCUCUUGGACUGUACAAGCUGGCGGGCAUUAAACAAGCCUCAAAGCCAUUGACGGUUGCCCAACAAAAACUGCGCAAUGCGUGGCAAAAGGUCCUGCAGAUGGAUGCUGAUGCCAUCAAUCGAGAAGAUAACUUCUUCAAAUUGGGUGGAGACUCUGUUGGCGCUAUGAAGCUUGUCGCAGCAGCCAAGAUGGAGGACGUUGUUCUUACUGUCAUGAAUGUUUUCAAGCACCCGACCCUGUCUGACAUGGCGGACUUCUGCUUGGAGCCUACAAAAUCCAUCACAGACAGAGUGCCACGAAUGGCUUUACUCGGGGAUGACCAAAACCGGCCAGCACUCCUCUCUGAGCUGGCACAGCGUUGCGGAGUGCCCGAAGCCCGGAUUCAAGAUGUUUACCCAUGCAGUUCUCUCCAAGAAGGUCUCAUGACCUCUUCGCUUCAGCAGCCUGGGGCUUACGUUGCCGAGAACGUUUUCCAAUUACCAAUUGGAGUCGAUCUUGAUCGGUUCAAACUUGCUGUGCAAAAGACAACCAACCACGUGGAGAUCCUAAGGUCCCGUAUCGUCUUUUCCAAUAACUCGACUUCCUACCAAGUCGUCCUUGAACCUUAUGACAUUGAGUGGAGGAUCUACGACAAUGUUCACCAUGCCACCGGGGCGAGUGCUACUGUGCCAGGUACUAAUGGCGGUCAAUUAGCUCUUUACGCCAUCGCAUGUGAGCCUGAGACUUCCGACGUUUACUUCGUAUGGACAGUUCACCAUGCGCUCUACGAUGCGUGGAGCAUGCCCGCGAUUCUGGACCUCAUCUCGCAGUUUUACCACAAUGCUAGCGAUCUUGAGCAUUCGAGCGAAAGGCCACCUUUUGUCAACUUUAUCAAGUAUCUGUCCGAUAUUGACACGUGCGCCUCGGAUGCAUAUUGGACAGCCAAGCUCGCCGGCGCCUCUCCUUCGCACUUCCCAGUCGUCUCCAGUCUGACAACCGAAAAUGGAGGUCAGAGCUCGCAGUUCCAGCACGUCGUUCCCUAUGACAUGAAUGGCGUGAAGCUCGACGUCACCCUGUCCACGGUUGUACGGGCAGCAUGGGCAUUGGUGCUGGGUUCCCAGACUGGAUCAGACGACGUCGUCUUUGGCGAGACGCUCUCCGGUCGCGAUAUCGCCCUCCAAGAGGUCGGCGACAUUCUAGGUCCCACCUUGACCACUAUACCACAACGUAUCAGCCUCGACAGUGGUCUCACCGUAAGGCAGCUUCUGAGAUCGGUGCACCAGAAGUCGAUAGAGGUGAUACCAUACCAGCAUGCCGGGUUGCGGAACAUCAAGCGUCUCGAUGAGACAACGGCAAUCGCUUGCGACUUUGCCAAUCUCCUCGUGAUUCAGGUUGAAGAGCCACAGCAGACAUCGGGAGACCAACUAAUGGCCUUGGAGGAGGUCCAAGGUGAUGGACAGAAGAGCUUCUUCACCUACCCCCUGGUUGUGGAGUGUUACCUCGGGACUCACGAGCUACGACUGACAACACACCACAACGAGGACGUCCUAUCCCCCUGGCAGGUGCAACGCAUCUCACAUCAAUUCGGCGCUUUGCUACAGCAGUUACUCAGCGAACCAGAGGAUUCGACUAGGAAACUCCAGGAUCUCGACUUCUGUGGGCAAGAAGAUGUGAAGAUAAUCAAAGAGUGGAACAAGCCAUUGCCACUGAGCGUUGAAGAAAGCAUUGCUACUCUGUUCAGGAAUGUCGCGGCCGCACAACCUCACUCAACAGCCAUCGACGCCUGGGAUGGACUACUUUCCUACGAGGAGCUCAAUCGUCAUGCCUCAAACUUGGCCAGAAUUUUGGUUCAAAAAGGCGUCAAGGCUGAGGUACUUGUUCCCUGUUGCAUGGACAAGUCCCUGUGGUCGUCCGUGGGCAUGCUGGCAGUCAUCCUCGCCGGCGGCGCAAUUGUCCCUUUGGAUCCGAUGCAUCCUCCAGCGCGCCAUGCGGAAAUUGUCAAAGACUGCGAGGCCGCGGUAGUGCUUUGCUCUCCAGCACACAAAAGUCGCUUCUCGAACAUUGUGGAACAAUUGGUCAUCGUUGACGACACCUUGUUCACAAAAAUGUCGACCCAGAGUCAGCCCAUGAACGACACCUUGCGUCUGGCUUCUAGUCGAGACGCUGCUUUUGUCAUUUACACUUCUGGAAGCACCGGAAAGCCAAAAGGCGUUGUGAUCGAUCACCGGUCUUUCUGCACAAGUUCCAAGGCCUACAUGAGGCGAAUGCGAAUUACACCAGCAUCGCGUGUCUUCCACUUCACUUCGUACGCUUUCGACAUUGCCAUGGGUGAAACCUUUGGCGCUCUGAUCAUGGGUGCAUGCCUCUGCGUCCCCAGCGAAGAGAUGCGGACAAGUGAUCUCCCAGGGGCUAUGAAUUCGCUGAGAGCGGAUUGGGCAUUCUUGACGCCCUCUGUCGCGAACAUCCAGGACCCUUCGCAAUUCACCACGCUGAAGACGCUUGUAUGCGGCGGCGAAGCUUUGACGCCCGAGACAAUCGACAAAUGGGCAGAUAAGGUUGAGCUAAUGAAUGGGUACGGUCCCGCUGAAUGUACUGUCUUCUGUGUGGCCAACGCACAUGUUUCUCAGGAGAGAGAUCACACUCAGAUUGGACAGUAUAUGGAAGGUGGGCGUACGUGGGUCGUGGACCCGAUGGAUCACAAUCAUUUGGUACCUGUUGGAUGUGUUGGAGAGCUACUGAUUGACGGCCCAAUCGUUAGUCGAGGGUAUCUCAACCAGGAGGCCAAGACAGCAGAGGCGUUUGUCAUGAGCCCGGCAUGGGCUUCGCUUUUCACCCAAGACGACAUGCGUCUAUACAAGACCGGUGACUUGGUCAAGUACCGAUCAGACGGGACUUUGAGUUUUGUCGGUCGCAAAGACCAUCAAGUCAAACUUCACGGCCAGAGGAUGGAGCUUGGAGAGAUUGAGGCCCAUCUCGAAACCGAUUCACGCAUUCGACACGCCCUGGUCGCACUGCCAAAAUUCGGUAUAUGCAAGGGCCGCCUGGUCGCUGUCGUCUCUCUUCGCGACGUCGUCUCAGAAGAAUCUUCGAUCGGCACCAUGGACCUUGUGCAGCUCUCUGCACCACAGGUACAGAGGGCGAGGUCUAAAGUGCUGGCUAUCCAGGAAAAGAUCUCAGGGGCUCUCCCGUCGUACAUGGUUCCGACUGAGUGGCUCGUGGUGGAGUCGCUGCCGCUAUUAGUGUCUGGCAAGUUGGAUAGACACGGCGUGCAGACAUGGUUGACUUCGAUGGACAUGAAGACUUAUUUGACCGCUCUCAGUAAGGACGCGGAGGGAAUAUCUUCACGCCCUGCAACACCAGAGGAGAACCUCUUGCGACGAUUUGUCGCGCUCACGCUCAAUCUUGUGGAGGAGGACACGCCGUUGGAUCGAUCGUUCAUCGGUCUAGGCGGUGAUUCCAUCACGGCAAUGCAAAUCAUGACACGAUGUCGGGACAGUGGUCUUCGGUUGACACUGCAAGACAUUAUCAGGAGCAAGUCGUUGAGGGCUCUAGCGGGGACCUCCCACCUCAAGGGGGAUACCGACUUCAGGCAACAGACAGAAUUCCAUGAGAGCCUUGACAAACCGUUCCCUCUGUCACCUAUCCAGCGACUGUUCUUCGACAACAGUUUAGACAAAUCUCAAGGCGAUCGCUUCAAUCAAAGUCAGCUCCUCCGAGUGACGGAGACUAUUGAUAGCCAAGUAUUCAAGACGGCCGUCUACACUCUCGUAGAGAGACACUCCAUGCUCCGCGCAAGGUUCAACAAGGACAGAGACGAGAACUGGUCACAAAUAAUCUCUGGCGAUGUCGACGCCUCUCACAGGGCACGGGUGCACCACAUCACCCAGGACUCUAACAUGAGUCUCCUAAUUGCCCAAAGUCAAACCUCGAUCAGCAUCAACGGACCCCUCUUCAUCGCUGACCUUUUCGAGAAACCGGACAACGACCAGGUAAUCUCGCUCGUUGGCCACCACCUUGCCGUGGAUGUUGUUUCUUGGAACAUUAUUUUGAGUGAUCUCGAGAGGCUGUUGAGCCAGUCGCACAGUUCCCUGACGAACACGAAGCCAAUGCCAUUCCAGUCGUGGAACGCAGCUCAGAUCGCACACUCUGAAGAGGUUGAGGCUCAGAGCAAGCCAAUGCUCCCCUUCGACUUACAGCCUGUCGAUUUGAGCUUCUGGGGUAUGGACCAUAGCCUGAAUCUAUACGGACACACCAACGAGGUUUCCUUUGUCGCCUCCAGCGAAGCUAUCUCCGCCAUUACCUCCGGCGAGAUGCAGUCGCCUCUUGGAACAGAUUCAUUGGAUGUGCUUAUAUCGGCAUUGUUGCAAUCCUUUGCUUUGACAUUCCCUGAGCGCAACUUGCCCACUGUGUUCAACGAAGGACAUGGCAGGGAACCUUGGAACGACUCCCUCGACAUCUCCCAGACCGUCGGAUGGUUCACAGUCCUCAAUCCAGUGCAAAUCUCGCUUGACCACCCCGAAGACACAGUCGACAUCCUUCGCAGGGUCAAGGAUACGAGGCGGAACGUACCGAACAACGGCCGUCCUUACUUUGCCCAUCGCUAUUUGACAGAGUCGGGCCGGGAGUACUAUCAAAAACACCAGCCAAUGGAGGUGAUUGUCAAUUUUCUCGGCCGUGUUCAUAAAGGUCGCCAGGAAGCGGUUUCCUUGUUGGAAUCGUACGAGUAUGAGAAAACCAAGGAGGAGGCUGAGAUGAUUUCUGACGUCGCCCCUGACACACAUCGUUUGGCCUUAUUUGAGAUAUCCAUCUCGCAACAGGAAGACGGCGUCCACUUCAACUUCCUGUACAACAAGCACAUGCACCAUCAAGACCGCAUCGCAACGUGGAUUUCAAAGUGCCGCAAGGCCCUGCUAGAUACGGCAGACCAGCUUGUGAUUGCCCCGAGGACUCUGACCCUCAGCGAUCUCCCACUGUUGCCUUUGAACUACGAGGACCUGCACAAGCUCGACACCAAUGUCUUACCAGCUGCCAAUCUAACGGGCCUUGAAGAGGUGGAUGACAUAUUCCCAUGUUCGCCGAUGCAGACGGGCAUGCUCCUGGGUCAGGUGCAGGAUCCAGGACGCUACCUAUUCCACACAGUCCUGGAAGUCACGAACAGCAAAGGUAUUGUCGAUGCUCAGAGGCUCUCGUCAGCCUGUGCGCAGGUCAUAGCGCGCCACCCAUCUCUCAGGACUGUAUUUGUCAAUAGUGUCUAUCGUGGUGGCACAUUCGACCAGGUAAUCCUGCGGCCACAAGCGCCCAGGAUUGAGGUCAUCAAGUGCAAGGAGAUCCAGGUGAUGGCCAAGCUCAACUCCAGAUCCCUGGAAAAGACAAACACUGGGCUCGGUCCAAGAUUGCCGUAUCAGAUCACGAUUUGCAGCACACCGCAAGGCAGGGUGUUCAUGAAGUUGGAGAUGAACCAUGCGAUCACCGAUGGCGCCUCAACUGCCCUCAUCAUGCAGGACAUUGGCAAAGCAUACGCUGGUACCUUGCCAUCUUCUGAAGCGGCAAAUUACAAGAGAUACAUCGAACACAUCUCCAAGUUGAACCUCGACAACAGCCUGAGCUUUUGGAUCACCUAUCUUUCAGGGGCGUCGACAACCAACUUCCCGCUACUGAAUCAACACCGUGCCCUCGACCGCAACCUGAAUUCGGUCGCUGUCGACUUCAGUCGUUACUCCCAGCUCAGCUCAUUGGGUACAGAAAGUGGCGUGACGCUACCGAGCAUCAUCCUGGCUGCAUGGGGCCUUAUCCUUCGCAGCUACACAAAUUCGGAAGACGUGUGCUUCGGGUAUCUGGCAUCAGGUCGCGAUGCACCCAUCGAGGGCAUCGAUGAGAUUGUUGGCCCCCUGAUCAACAUGCUUGUUUUCCGUUUCCAGAUUGUGCCUGGUAUGCUUCUCAAGAGCCUUUUCCACGACGCCCAGGAAGACUACCUUGCGAGUUUGCCGCACCAGCAUGUGUCUUUGGCCCACGUUAAUCACGCCCUCGGUCGCAAGAACACGCAAUUGUUCAACACUGCGGUAUCUAUCCAGAGUUCAGGGCCGUCCUCAAGCUCCGAUGAUGAACCCUUGGUCUGCGAAUCGGUUGAGGCGCACGAUCCAAGUGAAUUCGCGGUUACUGUCAAUGUGAACACCACUCGAGGCGAUGAGGGCAUUUUGCUUCGAUACUGGACCGAUGUCCUUUCUGAAAAUGAUGGCGAAACUCUAGCGUCCACUUUCGCCGCCCUCCUAGAUGACUUUGUGGACCAUUGCGAUGAGGCUUUAUCACACUUGCGUCUGUUUGAAGGAACAGUGCUGGCCACGCAAACUCCACGCACGCCAAACACAGUGAAAUCAUGGUCAAGCCAAGAGAAGGACCAGAGCCCUCACGCUGCGACGACGAGUAUACCCACGAGCGAGUCGUCGUUCACCACAAACCCCAUGAACAACUCCAUGCACAAGAAGCUCGAGUCCUCAUCGCAGGUACGAGCCCUGCUGGCAGACAAGCUCAUGUGGGUGUGGACAGAAACCCUGGGACUGGAAGCUUCGGCAAUCCUGUCUGACAGCAGCUUCUUCGAGCUCGGCGGUGACUCCAUUAUUGCAAUGUCCAUGGUCGCCAACGCCAGGGAGACAACCCUGCCUAUCAGUGUGGCAGAUAUCUUCAAGCACCCAACAUUUAGCGAAAUGCUCGAUCAUGUGGUGGCCAACUGCGCUGCAGAGUAUGCGACAUCGUCCAGCGACGGUGAAACCUGCUUCUCCAAGAAGGACUCUGUACAGAGCAGAGCGGAGCAGUACGAACCCUUCUGCCUGCUCCCAUGCGACGAUGUCGAGGCCUUCAUCAAAGAAACCAUCUGCCCUGCAACACGGGUAUCCCGAGCUAGCAUUACCGACGUCCUCCCCGCAACAGACUUUCAGGCUCAAUCCAUCGCAGGUCACCAACUGGACUCGCGAUGGAUGCUCAACCACUUCUACCUUGACGGAGACGGGCCACUUGACAUUGAACUCCUGCGCGAGAGUAUCAUGAACGUGGUGGCAACAUUUGACAUUCUUCGCACCGUAUUCGUCCAGCAGCACGGGUGCACGUGGCAGGUUGUCCUGCGCCACGUCUCGCCAGAGGUGAAGGUCCACGACGUCGCUGAUAUCGACGACUUCACCUCAGAGCUGGAGGCCAAACACCAAGCAACGGUCCCCGACGUCGCAAAACCUGUCAUUCGCCUCACCGUGGCGCGUCACACGUCAACUAGUCGCCACAGGAUGUUCCUCCGAAUCUCUCACGCACAGUACGAUGGCGUUUGCUUCCCGGCCAUCUUGGACGCGUUGAAGGCUUCGUAUGAAGGAAUGCCAAUCGUACCUUCACCUUCGUACGCACACUAUGUGCAUGGCGCCCUGGGAAGAAUCACGAACGAGCAUUACAGCUACUGGACCAAGCUACUCAAGGGGUCAAAAAUGUCAGCUGUGGUACCCCGGGAGCGGUCCUCGCUCAAGGCUUUUGCGACUAGGGUGUUGAGACGGACUGCGAACGUUCAGUCUCUCGCAUCCCUCAACAUCACAACCGCCACUAUCAUCAAAGCAGCAUGGGCCGUGACCAUGGCGAGAAUAACAGGGACAGCUGACAUUGUGUUUGGCCACCUCAUCAGUGGCCGUAACGUCGACAAUGUCCAAGAAAUCCAGGGCAUUGUCGGCCCUUGUUUGAACAUGGUCCCCGUGCGGGUCGAGAUCGGUCCUUCAGACACGGCGAUGCAACUAUUGCUGAAGAUCCAGAAUCAGCAAGUCGAGAACAUGCCAUUCGAGUCCCUCGGAUUCCGUGAGACUAUUGAAAAAUGCACAGAGUGGGAGAACACUGCUGGCCUCGGAGGGUUUGCAACCAUGGUGCAGCAUCAGAGCAUGUCUCAAACGCGUCGUCUCUCAAUCGGAGGUAGUGAGUAUGAUGUUGGCGCUCUGGCGUCCCAGCAAGAUACAACCGACUUCAGUGUCGUCACGACGCCUCUAGGGGAUGACCGAGUCGAAGUUUGUCUGAUUUGUGCAGAUGAUGGCGCCCUCAGCGAAGAGUUGUCCAGCACGACUUUCGAGAUCCUUUGCGAAGAGAUUGAGGGCAUGGCGCGAGACCCCAACCGGAUGGUGAAGGUCUGAUAGGUUUGUGGUAUUUUAGAUUUUCAUUUUUCUUAUAUGUUAGCUCAAUGGUUAUUCAUUUGUUCUUCUCACAUGCAUGUGCUUCAGACGCACCCCAUUCAGUGUAUGCCGCUUUCACUUCCAAAGACCCUUCUACGGUCAAAAGGCGAGACCGAGUACCUCGCCUUCGCUGCAGCUGCAGGUCCCAGCGCUUUGGUGAAGCCUAGAUCGGGACAAGGCU